AUGUUCGCACGAAGUAUAGCGAAAGCCCUCUGCCAACCAUCAACACCUCUUUCCACACUCCCACCAACAUUCCUCCUUCCCCUCCGCGCCCGCCUCACAACCAUCACAACCAGCACAACAACCACGGACCCCGACCCCCCAGAAGCAUCCUUCAACCACCUCCCGACCUCGCAAACACCCACCAAUUCAACCCCAAGCCAUCAUCCACCCACCCCGCCUCAACGCCCGCACCGUCUGUCCCGCCGCUCCCCCCUGCCCCCCCCAACAAACGCCAACCUCUCCCUCCUCCCCCUCCUCGCCGCCCAAACCCCCCACUACAUAACCGCACACCUGCACACCCGCCCCUACCUCCUCACCGCCGGCGACACCCUGCGCCUGCCCUUCCACAUGCCGCACGCCCCGCCCGGAACCGUCCUCCGCCUGAACCGCGCGAGCAUGAUCGGGAGCCGGGACUACACGUUCCGCGGGGCGCCGUACGUGGACGAGGGCCUGUUCGUGUGCAGGGCCGUGGUCGUGGGCAUCGAGGGGGAGCCGAUGCGGGUGGUGGAGAAGACGAAGCGGCGGCAGCGGAAGGUGAAGAGGGUGACGAGUAAGAUGCGCUACACGAUACUCAGGGUGAAGGAGUUGAGGGUGUUGGCGGGUGAGAGGGAGAGGGAGAGGGAGAAGGAGAGGGUGGAGGGGGAGGAGGAGGAGGAGGAAUUGGAGGCGCUGAUGGGGGAGGGGGGGAGGUGA